ACAUACAAAAAUCACAACACCAAAUUAAAAAUAAAUAAAAAAAGACCAAAAUUGUCUCAAACCUAACCCUCUUCAAAUCCCACCACUCACUCUAUUUUUCUUUCCUUUCUUGUAGAUCUCCGUCAAUUAAUUACACCCAACCUUCUUUUUCAAAUCAAAUCUACCCCCCCCCCCCCCCCCCCCCAAACCCAGUUCAUCCCAUUUCAAUCGAAAAAGUUAAACAAUGUUUCUAUUCGAUUGGUUUUAUGGAAUUCUCGCAUCGUUGGGUUUAUGGCAGAAAGAGGCCAAAAUUCUCUUUUUAGGUCUUGAUAAUGCCGGAAAAACCACUCUCCUUCAUAUGUUGAAAGACGAGCGAUUAGUUCAGCAUCAGCCUACUCAGCAUCCGACGUCAGAGGAGCUGAGCAUUGGGAAAAUCAAGUUUAAGGCUUUUGAUUUGGGUGGUCAUCAGAUUGCUCGUCGAGUUUGGAAGGAUUACUAUGCCAAGGUUGAUGCUGUAGUUUACCUUGUGGAUGCUUUUGACAAGGAAAGAUUUUCUGAAUCAAAGAAGGAGCUUGAUGCCUUACUUUCUGACGAAGCCUUGGCCAAUGUUCCAUUUCUUAUCUUAGGGAACAAAAUCGACAUACCUUAUGCAGCUUCGGAGGAGGAGUUACGCUACCAUUUGGGGCUUUCAAACUGCACUACAGGCAAGGGGAAGGUGAAUCUCGUGGGCAGCAAUGUCCGCCCUCUCGAAGUAUACAUGUGCAGCAUUGUCCGCAAGAUGGGAUAUGGUGAUGGGUUUAAGUGGGUUUCCCAAUAUAUCAACUGAUCUGAGUCUAGAAUUAACAGACAUUCAUUUUGAUUGUCAUGAUCUGUUACGUUGUUAUCCCCUAUUAUAUGUUGGGUUCCUUGUGACUACAGAUAGAAUUCGUAAGACUGAUUCUUUAAUUCUUAUUGCGAGUUUGCCAAAUCUUGUUAAUUCGUAAGAAGGAUGAUAUUUUGUUCUA